UGAAGAGGAAAGUGCAAAGGUUGGUCUUUGUUGUUGUCGCGACUCCAGCGCGAAAGGCCUCAGCCUGGUCUCUGGACCUCAACCACGAUGGAGCAGAUGAUCCUACGCAUCCUUUACAGCACUAAUGACUCCACACAAUACAUCCUUGCACGCUCUCGCUCCCUCAUCCCUAUUUAUCCUCUGACCACCAUCUUGGACCACCACGACAGUGCCUCUCAUGGUACUCGGACACGGUAUGCUUCCGUGUCUAUAAAGGCUUGCGUGGACACCCUUUGUCUAUCCAGUCCUGAUCUCCUACAAGAUCGAACGCGCGACUUUUCUGUGUAUCAUCUCGACCCCCUGGAAUCAGCAGGUCCAACUUACAGUUUGAGUCAGUCUGUGGACGCGGCUAUUGGGGUUCCCGUGGGCUUGGGAUUAAUGUCAGGCUUGAGAGCAGCAGAUGGAAAUCUGCCAGUGACUGGCACGCUUACGAAGCUGAGGACUGGGUUGGAAGCCUUGGAGGUCGUGUUCAAUCUUCGCGAAGUCCGUGUUCGAGGUUCUCAAACUUCCGCUGGUAUGAAACGUGUAUUCUUCUUACUGUCCAUUCCCGGCUGAUUACAUACAUGAUAUAUCAGCCAACCUCGGUCUUUCCGAAUCUGACAACGCCAAUAUUGCCGCAGCGUUAGCCAGACAAAGAAGCGAGAAGGAAAUGCAUAUGAAAAAGCUGAGGGAGUUGAAUGUAAAUGACAAGAGCCACCGGAAUAGAAGGCUGGGCCAUGCAGCUGCUCGGUGUGGUGUCGCUGAAACUUUGCUGGAUGGUGCUAGGACCUAUAAUACUGGCUCUAACAAAAGGAAGGUAAAGUCAGAAGAACCCCGAUCUGAACCACCUGCUCCCGAAUCUCAUCCCUCUCCACACACGGACACACCUUCAUCUUCACAACCCUCUAGCUCGUCUGGGGUGGAAUCUUCCGUACCUUACGCUCCCUCUACAAGUCAAAUACCUAUUUCAUCGUCGUCGCAGCCUCAUACUACAACUGAAUCUUGCCCUAAUUUCUCCACCCCUGGUUCCUCCACUUCCAUUCCAGACACGGCAACUCUCCUCGCAGUACUCGCUUUGAUUGACGACGCUGGUGGCCCCGCCAAGAUGGAAGGUAAUACACAAUUUCAGGAGGCUUUGAAGGGUUUGUUGGCUCAACUUUCGGCAACUCCCCAACCGCCCCCAAACAACCAUAUGACCGAAGACGAUGAAGUUGUUGCUCUCGACAAAGAGAAUGUCAAUCCCGAUGCCUUUCGCAAGCGUGCACGGCUAUUAGAAGUAGAAAAAUCCACCGAAUUUAUUGCUUCUUCCUCCCGAUCAUCUACUCACAAAAUACCGGAUCGCCCCGUUCAAGGACUCGGCCCCAGCGGAAGGUCCAAUACCAUGCCCUCGGACAAUAGUAACAAUCGGUCAUUCAGCAACGGCAUUGAUGAAAAUCGUUCUGCCCUCUCCCGGAAAGGCAAAGAGAAGGCGAAGGACACGAUUUACCACUCGAUAUUUGCGAACAGUUCCUCCGCGGUGCCGUGGUCCUCUCCCCCCAGGUCCCGUAAUGACCAUGCAGCCAUCGGUAGCUCUAGACGAAUGCCAAUCGUCAUUCCCGACUCACCCUGUACACCCAAGGCUCGGCGUGUUCCUGCCUCUUCUCCGAUACGCGAAAGCAAACAAUACGUGGUUCCAGAAUGGGCACGUACAACAACUGCUACUCAACCAAAAUUCUCUGAUGAGUAUAAAAAAGCUAUGGAAGAAGUGGCGAGGCGCCGGGAGGAAGGGCGGAAGGCCAACAGGAGGAAAUGGGGAAGCGCCAGAAGUAAGAGUACCCCAUCAUUAUCCUCUCAAACAGAAAUGUCUACUACAAAUACCGAUUCUUGCGAGAAACCCCAAACCUCUCCAUCGCUAACGACUACCCUCCCGGUCAUGGCUGCGUCCUCGGAGCCUACUCUCCUGUUACCUGUGUGUGCUGCAUCCGGAUCUUUGCCAUUCAUUUGUCCCAAAACACCUCCACGAAAACGGCCCCGUUCGCCGAGUCAGAGUCCUCUCACUCGAAGCAGUUCGUUAUUCACCCCUAAAGACACCUCAUUAGUUGGAGACCGUAAUAGUCCCCUGUUUUCCCCUUCUCAUCGAGCACGGAAGCUUAUUCGGUCGGAUCCUGUAUCGCCGUGUGGAAGCCUAGAGAAGCCAAAUUUCCGUAACGGCGAAAACAACGACGAUGACGCGCUUACCCUAGAGUUGGAUAGUGCACUGGAUGGGAUAGGAUCGUCUGCCAGUUUGCUGGUGGUGUUGAGUGACGCGGACACGGAGCGCUCGCCUGGUGAGGGGAUUAGCUCCGACAAUGAGGAGGAAGCCAUUUAUCCCCGAAAGCAAUAUUGGCCUGGCCUUCCGCCUUCGUCUCCUCCGCAGAGUAGCCCUAGGCACGAAGAUAACGCUGACCUUCCGUCGGUGGACACACCGAUUGGAGAAGAGGAUCCUCAGUUACCUAUCGUGUCUUCAGACGUUGAGGAAGACAUGAUGAGUCCAAGUGAUGAUCAUGAUCGGACACAUAUAAACUCGGACGCAUUGGAUGCAGGUCUGGAUAUCAAUGCAGAGCAAUCCGCCUCUACCGUGGAAAACGAGGACAUUUUCUCCCUGUUCACGAAUUUGAACAGUGCUACUAGUGAUCCUUUGAACUAUGACUGGAACAUGCAGGGAGAUACGGGGACGAAUAUGGGUUUGGAAGAUAUGGAUUUCACGCAGUUUUGGGAAAGCGUCAAGCCUCUAUUAGGGGACCUGCAGCCUUCGAUAGCAACAUGCAGCAAUGAUGUUGAUAUGAAUGGUGGACUGGACGUUGGGAAUUUGGGUCUGGAUGGGACUUUACCCUUGCUUGAUAAUAGUAGUUUGUCUGGGACGGAUCACUCCAAGUUAGCUGAAGAUCUCCGAACUUUGUACAGUGGGUGUGUGAUGUGACUGUCCUUCGAGAAGGUUGGCUUAGUUUAUUACUUAUUGCUCUCAUCCCUAGGAAUGAGACCCUUAUGUAGAACUCGAAGUUGGAGGUAGACAAUGCUAGGUUUAGACGAAGGAAUGAUACUUGAGAGACCA